CGUAACAUCGUUGCAAAUUGAAACCAACUUUAUCCUUAGCUUAAAAGAUGACAUCCUCAACGGCUGAGAAACUCUGCCGUCGAUUCUCACUUGCCGAAAUCAACUUAGCAACCAAAGAUUUCAGUCGUGAGCAUGUGAUCGGAAAGGGUGGUUUUGGUGAAGUUUACAGGGGCUUCAUUGAUAAUGGGUCAUCUGUUGUGGCCAUAAAGCGGUGUGCAGGAUCAGAUUCGAGUCAAGGGCAGACAGAGUUUGCUGCGGAGAUUGAAACACUAAGUAAAUUCCGACACCGUAAUCUAGUAUCUCUUAUUGGGUACUGCGAUGAGGAUGGAGAGAUGAUUCUUGUCUAUGACUACAUGUUGAAUGGAACGCUGGCAGAUCGCCUCCACAAGAAUAGCGAGGGCGGCUCAACUCUCUCAUGGAUUGAACGACUUAAGAUAUGUAUUGGAGCUGGACGAGGUUUGGACUAUCUUCACUCUGGAUGCUCCAUCAUACACCGUGAUGUCAAGCCUACUAACAUCCUUUUAGAUGAAAAUUUCGUUGCUAAGGUUUCAGAUUUUGGGUUAGCCAAAAAUUUAGGGAAUGAUAUCUUACAGAGCCAUGUCUUCACAAAUGUUAAGGGCUCAUUUGGGUAUUUCGAUCCAAGUUAUUAUAACUCUGGCAGACUUACAAGGGCAAGUGACACAUAUUCUUUCGGAGUAGUGUUGUUGGAGGUGUUGACUGGGAGACCAGCAGUUGGCAAGAGGCUUGCGGAAAAUGAGCUAUGUAUGAGCAUGUGGGCUCAAGAAAAGAUUCAGAGUGGGAAAGCUGACCAGAUUGUAGCUUCAAAUUUGAAGGGAGUUAUCACACAAGAUUGCCUCAAGACAUUUAUUGAGGUUGUGAGAAGAUGUUUGCAUCCUGAACCUAAGAAACGACUCACGAUGACUAGAGUUGUGGCACAGCUUGAGCUAGCCCUUGAAAAACAGGAGAUGAAAGGGACGACGACACCAAAAUUACCAUUUUGGCCUCAUUGGAACAGAGGUCCAAAAACUACAAUUUUGGCAUCCGAUAAAAGAUCAGCACAAAAGGAUGAGAAUGAAGUUGAAGUUGAUGUCCCUGCCUUUGCAUCAGCUGAAACGAAGGAUAUUAGUAAUGAUGUUAGUGUUAAAGCAUCUGGUGAAAGAUCAACAGUUGACGUUGAUAAGCAGUCAAAUGCUGUCCCUAGCUUAACAGUGCAUCAUACUAUCAAUAUGCUGCCACUUUAUGUCCCUUGCAUUCCGCUAGCUGAAAUAAGUUACAUUAGUGAAGACUUUCAAGCACCUGAAAUAAAGCACACGAUUGAUGAUGUUAUUCCUGGGAGUUCGAGUGCUAGUGCAGACAGAGGAGUAAAUGUAGUCCAUAGAGUACUCAAAAGUGGAAACGAAAAAAAAUUUCAAAGGCUCGAGUACAUGCAAGAGCGUGAACUUUUUGCACAUGUUCCAAAUCUUCGGCCCAUGCCUGAUGAUUUUAUUCCCAGGAGUAUGAGUUCUAGUUCAGAGAGAGAAGCAAAUCUAUUCCAUAGAGUACUCAAAAGUGGACAAGAAGCAUCAAUUAAACGGCUUGACGACAUGCCAGAGCAUGAAUUUAUAGCACAGGUCUCAAAAGUGUCUAGUCUGCAACAUGAAAAUGUGGUUAACCCAAUUGGUUAUUGUUUGAAUGGUGGCCGGCAGUUGUUGGUGUAUGGGUUUUCCGCACGAAGGUCCCUACAUGAUAUUCUUCGCGUAGGAGAAGGAGAUAUGGAUGGCUUAUCUUGGCCCCAAAGAAUCAAGAUUGCUGCUGGGAUUGCAAGGGGAUUAUGCUACAUUCAUGAAAAUCAUUUGAUUCAUCAUGACUUAAGAUCCAGCAAUGUGUUUCUGUUUGAUGAUGAAACUGCGAAGAUAACUUGGGCUGAGCGUCAAUCUAAUGUCAAGAGUUGUUAUGAUGCUCCAGAAUGGUUUCAGUUCACUGAAAAAAGUAAUGUUUAUAGCUUUGGAGUGAUUCUCCUUGAGCUCUUGACAAUUGAUCCCAAAAGGAAUCCGAUGAGACACAUUCAUACAUGGCUCGAUUCAGGCAAGGUACACGAGAUUGUGGAUGCUAGAAUAAAAGGAGGCUGCCCUCAAAAGGAAGUUGAAAGGAUGAAACUAGUAGCUCAAUUGUGCCUUCAAGAUAAACAUGAUCGUCCGAACAUGAGCAUCGUUGUAAAAGCUCUCAAGGCCCUUCCCAAAACCUAAUCACAAUACUCUCAGUUGAAAGUAGUUGAGGUAUGCAUGGAAGGAAGGGAGACGAAGAGAGAUGGAAGCCGAGAUGAAAGACAUAACUUCAUACAUGCUGUGUAAAUUUGCAUGUAUAUUUCAUUUCAUUGGAUUUUAUUUGCAAUCUUUUCAAAGUUGUUUGUUGUUUGUCGUUUCUUGCGUAGGUUGAAAUGUUAGUAUUUUGGUGUUUGUUACAAAGGCUGAUGAAAAUAAAAUGCAUUUAAUGCAAUAUAAAUAGUUUUUUAUGCAAUUUAUGUAAAUCUAUUUAUGUCA